GAGUCGAUCAUAAGGUGGUUGCUGGGCCUGUGGAUCGGACGAAUUUCACCUUCAGGGCCCAAAUGAAAGUUUUCUCUGGGAGUUCCUGCACACUCCUCGGAGCCAGAUUGCACGGUAGUAGGCUUGCUCCUCUAGUCCCUUCCGAACGGUUGUUUACUAAACGAACUCUCAGAAUGAGAGAAAGCUGUUAACUUUCACUCACUACGAAAUCUUUCGUUCCGAAGAUUGGACCUGCAGAUUAAUGAGACGUCGUAUUCCUAAUUAUCUAUAAUCUGGCAGUGAAAUAAUCAAUAAAUAUCAAUAAUACCAAUAGAGAAACAAUAGUACUAAAACAUAUACGCCAAGCCCCAAUCAUCGGAGAGUGACGGAAUGAGAGACAAUACUUCGAAACUGGAUGGUGAGGGAGGAGCUGGAAUCACAAACGCCGCUUUCUUGCACGACUCAGACACCGGAGGAUUAAGCACUGGGGGCACGAAUGCCACCACAAAUGCCCCUCGGAGGAAGCCUCUCCCUUCCUCGGAUGGCUCUCCUUCCGAGGAAUCCAAGAAGAAGAAAGAAGAGGAGAUAAACGAUUCGACAUCGAGUGUAGUCGAGCUGAAGAAGGAACUAGGUCUAGCCAAUGGCGUCGGCAUCAUCGUUGGCAUCAUGAUCGGGUCGGGUAUCUUCGUGUCUCCUGGGAACGUCGUGAGGUACACCGGCAGCGUGGGCAUGUCCUUGAUCGUGUGGGUAGUUUCGGGGUUCAUGACGAUGUUCGGCGCCCUUUGCUACUCUGAGAUGGGUACCAUGAUCCCAAAAAGUGGAGGGUCCUACGCGUACAUCCUGGAAGCCUUCGGCCCCAUUCCAGCCUUCCUGACCCUGUGGAUUAACCUAGUCAUCGAGUCUCCUGGAAGUAAUGCCAUUGGACUGAUCACCUUCGCAAAUUACCUACUCCAGCCUUUCUUUCCAAACUGCAAUGCGGUGCCUUACUUGGCUGUGAGAUUUGUUGCUCUUGCUAUGCUGGGCCUAGCCACCUUCGUCAACUGCAUGGGCGUGAGGUUUGGCACCAGACUGCAGGAUUCUCUGACCGUCACGAAGACCUUCGCCCUGAUUUUGAUCAUCGUCGUAGGAAUCCACCACCUGGCAAGGGGUCACGUCGAAAAUUACCUAGACCCCAUGGCUGGAACAAUAUACAACCCAACCUCGAUUGCUACCGCCUUCUAUUCUUCUGGGUUCGCUUAUGGAGGAUGGAACGCCUUGAAUUCAGUUAUGGAGGAGCUGAAGGAUCCUUACAAAAACCUUCCAAGGGCCAUUGCAAUCUCAAUUGCCAGCGUCACGCUGAUUUACACACUCACAAAUGUCGCCUACUUUGCUGUGCUGACUCCAAGCGAGGUCCUGUCUUCAAGCGCUGUGGCUGUGACAUUUGGCAACAGGACUCUGGGUAUCCUGGCUUGGAUCAUCUCUAUAUUCGUGGCUUGCUCGACCUAUGGUAACCUGAACGGAGGUCUCAUGACCCAGUCUAGGGUCGUCUAUGCAGGUGCCAGGGAAGGACACCUGCCCAGGUUCCUCACCUUGAUACACGUCCACAAUAAGACACCUGUUGUCUCUCUGGUUUCCAUAGUGAUCUUGCCUGCAAUCAUGCUGUUCGUUCCUGAUGUGGGGAGCAUCUUAGCUUACACAAGUUUCACUGGCAACGUCGUCAGCAUCAUGAGUGUCAGCUCUCUCCUCUGGCUCAGGUACAAGGAGCCAGAGAGACAUAGGCCUAUCAAGGUGUGGCUUGGCUUCCCGAUCAUUUACCUGAUCAUGUGUCUUUUCGUAGCAAUAUUCCCGAUAGUAAGAAGACCUGUGGAAAUUGGCGUGGGAGCCUUUGUCUUUGUCGCAGGGCUAAUAGUCUACUACUUCGCCUUACACCGCAAAAUUAAGGCUAUUGGUGUUGCCAUGGAUAAAGUGAUGUAUGUCUGUCAGCUGCUGUUCCUGUGUGUAGAGGAGGAGAAAGUGCAAUAACUCGUGAAAGAAUUCGAAAAAAUUCUUGAAUAAUAAAAGACGGUCCGGCCUGCUCUGGGAGCAAGAGCCCGUGCCGGCUAGUUCCUGGCUAAAUCUAAAUUCAGUAACAGGAGGGAUUAUAUCUCCGUUUUCGGUGUGAGCUACGUUCAGUUUUUAAUCCUAACAUUUCGAAAAUUAGCCCACGUAGUAUUACUACGGUAUAACCAAGGGAAAGGUUGUGAUUUGUAGUGUUGUGGAUACAACCGUUUACUCUCCAAGUGCCUGAUUAUUAUAUAUAAUAAGCAGUGGUGCUAACAGAAACAUACCACACGCUCAAGCGUAGUAUCAUAGAAUUACAUGAAGACCACAUUAGUCCCAGUUUCAAGGCUAGAGUUGCGAAAAAUGACUAUAAUUAAAACAUUCGGACAAAAAAAA